UAUGCACUCAUUGUGCAUGGACCAGACUUGCCUUUGAUCUUUAAAUCCACAGUAAAUUUUUUAUUUUUCAACAUAAAAGCCAUUAGUCCCGUCUGCCACUAAAGCAAACAAGAAUUCAUUAGACCAUAUUUCUAGCCUUUCUUCUUUUGACUUCUGACCAUUCUCUGAAUUUUUUCUUUUUCUCCCACUUCACAUUUGAAUCUUGUCUUCUCACUACAACAAAAAACUCAAAGAUUUAGGCUUUUCUAUCCUUCCAAUUUACUCUCAGUAAUUCUACCCAAAAAUAAAAAAUAAAAAUAAAAAUGGCAAUUGAUAUGAUCUCAGAAGCUCCAAGUCUAGUCACAAGUCCAAGAAUUUCUUUUUCUGAUGAUCUUAGCCAAAAAGAUGCUAAUGCUAAUUCUUCUGCUGCGGCCACUGAAAAAUUCCCAUUAAUUUGCUCAGAUUCUAAUUCUGAAUUCGAUUUCUGUAUUACCAACAGCACAAAUACAGAAACUUCUUCAGCAGAUGAGCUUUUCUUAGAUGGCUUAAUUCGACCUCUUCAACUACAAGAAAAGUUUGUCACUUUAAACCAAGAAAUCUUGAAAAAUAUAUCCAAGACUCAACCUUUAAAUUCUCCUCCAAAUCAACCAACCCCAAGAAAUUUUGAAACCUCCCCAAAGGAUCAAACCAAAUCCUUUUGGCGGAUAAGGAGAAGUAGUAGUCUUCAUUGUGAAAACAGCAACAAGAAAAGCUCAUUUUGGUCUUUACCUUUACUAUCACGUAGCAAUUCUACAGGUUCAGAAGGUCAGAAAAACAAUGCACAAUUCAAGAAAAUGAAGAAUAUGAAUACAUCUGCAGCUAAUUUUUACGCAUUUCCAUCGUCACAAAAGCCAUCAUUGAGAAAGAAUUAUGGAUUAGGGCAUAAUUAUGGUAAUGGGGUUUGCAUUAAUCCUGUUUUGAAUGUGCCACCUACUUUCAUUACUAAGGGUACUGCUAAUCUCUUUGGUUUGGGGUCCUUUUUUGCCAAUGGAAAAGAAAAGAAGGGUAAGAAAUGAUUUAUUUGUACUUAGUACUUUGUUCUUAUUGUUCUUACUAUAAAAAGUUAUUGAAAUCCAUCAUAGUGUGUUUACAUAAUUUUAGGGGUCGUUUGGUUUGAAGAUAAUUGAUGUUGGGAUUAAUUAUGUUGGUAUUAGUUAUAUGAGAUUAGUUAUUUGUAUGUUGCACUAA